GCGCGCGCGGCAGCCCCGCGGCACAGAGAGCGGAGCGGGGAGCGCGGGCCGGCGGCGGAGGCGAAGAGGGAGGGCUCGAGCGCAGACGGCCGACGCGCGGCGCGGCUGCCAUGGGCGCGCAGUGACCGGCUGUUCAGCGCGAACUUCCUCGGCGGCGCGGAGCUCCCUGGCUGGCGGUGCGUCUCCUCGGUCACCAUGAAAGACGACUUUGCAGAGGAGGAGGAGGUGCAGUCCUUCGGUUACAAGAGGUUUGGUAUUCAGGAAGGAACACAAUGUACCAAAUGUAAAAAUAACUGGGCACUGAAGUUUUCUAUCAUAUUAUUAUACAUUUUGUGUGCCUUGCUAACAAUCACAGUAGCCAUUUUGGGAUACAAAGUUGUAGAAAAAAUGGACAAUGUUACGGGUGGCAUGGAGACAUCUCGCCAAACCUAUGAUGACAAGCUUACAGCAGUGGAAAGCGACCUGAAAAAAUUAGGGGACCAAACUGGGAAGAAAGCCAUGAGCACCAACUCAGAACUCUCUACCUUCAGAUCAGACAUACUGGAUCUUCGUCAGCAGCUUCGUGAGAUUACAGAGAAAACCAGCAAGAACAAAGAUACUCUGGAGAAGUUACAGGCAAGUGGGGAUGCACUGGUGGACAGGCAAAGUCAACUGAAAGAAACUUUGGAGAAUAACUCUUUCCUCAUCACCACCGUAAACAAAACCCUCCAGGCGUAUAAUGGCUACGUCACAAAUCUGCAACAAGACACCAGCGUGCUGCAGGGCAACCUGCAGAGCCAAAUGUACUCUCAUAACGUGGUCAUUAUGAACCUCAACAACCUGAACCUGACCCAGGUGCAGCAGAGGAACCUCAUCACUAAUCUGCAGCGGUCUGUGGAUGAUACAAGCCAAGCUAUCCAGCGAAUCAAGAAUGACUUCCAAAAUCUGCAGCAGGUUUUCCUUCAAGCCAAGAAGGACACUGAUUGGCUGAAGGAGAAAGUGCAGAGCUUACAGACACUGGCUGCCAAUAACUCUGCCUUGGCCAAAGCUAACAAUGACACCCUGGAGGAUAUGAACAGCCAGCUCAAUUCAUUCACAGGUCAGAUGGACAACAUCACCACAGCCUCACAAGCCAAUGAGCAGAACCUGAAAGACCUGCAGGAUGUACACAAGGAUGCGGAGAAUAGAACAGCCAUCAAGUUCAGCCAGUUGGAGGAACGCUUCCAGCUCUUUGAGACGGAUAUUGUGAACAUCAUUAGCAACAUCAGUUACACUGCCCACUACCUGCGGACGCUGACCAGCAAUCUGAAUGAAGUCAGGACCACGUGCACAGAUACAUUGGCCAAACACACAGAUGAUCUGACCUCCUUGAAUAACACACUGGCCAACAUCCGUUUGGAUUCUGUUUCUCUUAGGAUGCAACAAGAUAUGAUGAGGUCAAGGUUAGACACUGAAGUAGCCAACUUAUCAGUGAUUAUGGAAGAAAUGAAGCUGGUAGACUCCAAGCAUGGUCAGCUUAUCAAGAACUUUACAAUACUGCAAGGUCCUCCUGGCCCCAGGGGUCCAAAAGGUGACAGAGGACAACAGGGACCCCCUGGUCCCACUGGCAACAAAGGACAGAAAGGAGAGAAGGGGGAGCCUGGUCCACCUGGCCCCGCCGGUGAGAGGGGCCCAAUUGGGCCCAUUGGCCCCCCCGGAGAGCGUGGCGGCAAAGGCUCCAAAGGCUUGCAGGGCCCCAAGGGCUCCCGUGGAUCCCCCGGGAAGCCCGGUCCUCAGGGCCCCAGUGGGGACCCAGGCCCCCCCGGCCCACCAGGCAAGGAUGGACUCCCUGGCCCUCAGGGCCCUCCUGGCUUCCAGGGACUGCAGGGCACCGUGGGAGAGCCGGGGGUGCCUGGACCACGGGGGCUGCCAGGCUUGCCUGGGGUGCCAGGCAUGCCAGGCCCAAAGGGCCCCCCUGGCCCCCCAGGCCCAUCAGGGGCAGCGAUGCCCCUAGCCCUACAGAACGAGCCAACCUCAGCACCCGAGGCCAAUGGCUGCCCACCUCACUGGAAGAACUUCACGGAUAAAUGCUACUAUUUUUCGGUUGAGAAAGAAAUUUUUGAGGAUGCAAAACUCUUCUGUGAAGACAAGUCUUCACAUCUCGUUUUCAUAAACACAAGAGAGGAACAGCAAUGGAUAAAGAAGCAAAUAGUAGGGAGAGAUAGCCACUGGAUCGGCCUCACAGACGCAGAGCAUGAAAAUGAAUGGAAGUGGCUGGAUGGGACGUCUCCAGAGUAUAAAAAUUGGAAAGCUGGACAGCCAGAUAACUGGGGUCAUGGCCACGGGCCAGGAGAAGACUGUGCCGGGCUGAUUUAUGCUGGACAGUGGAAUGACUUCCAGUGUGAAGACGUCAAUAACUUCAUUUGCGAAAAGGACAGAGAGACAGUACUAUCAUCUGCAUUAUAAUGGACUGUGAUGUAAUAAACAUGAGCAAAUUUCUGGAUGGUUCUCAAAGACAAAGGAUACUUCUUUCUGAUUGUAUCACCUUCUCUCCAGAUUG